UAUGCAAAACAUUACUUGUAAAAAUACUGAGAUUAAUUAGAACUACAUAAGAACAAAAUACAUAUCAAUAUAUUUAACUGAGGCAAGUUUUUAAGUGUACUUACAGUGAUGAGAGUUUUUUGUUUGUGUGUAGAGUGUGAAAGAUGAUUAGAGAAACAAUGUGAAUAAGUUCAAAAAUAUAAGGUUAAAAAUUGUGAAGGAACCAAGGUCCUGUGCAAUUAUAGAAAUUUCUAUCUCAUGUUAACUUCAAAUUUUGAUAUUGAUAGCUUGGUGGCAGAUCCUGUGCACCUGGGGAAGAUGGCAACAAAAGAGAGCACUGCACUGAGCACACGCAAGGCUAGUGAGAAAAUUGAAUAUCGAGAGGAAGCCCCCCUAUGCCCUUACAGUACCUGAUGGGGGUGCGACCAGGGAAAGGCAGGAACAUGCACCUUAGAGGUCAGCAUUGUGGCAGGGGUGGGUGCGAGACAGAGAAACCUGCCAGUCUGGCCUGAGGAAAAGAAGGAAUUGGUGGGGUGCAGACCCUGCUGGAGUGAGUGGAAGUUUGGAUAUUAUUUGGGCAUUUUCAGAAAGUAUCUGGGCCCUCCCACACCAGAAAUGAUAUGAUACCAAAGGAAGGAAGGGACACCACUUGUGAUCAUGCUUGCUGGUACAUUUGUGGGACCAUCUGGACCUGGAAGCCAUAUGACAAAUGGUGGCACUGGACCUACAUGUGGGUUCCAAAAGGGAGCCAGAAGCAGCAGUGGUUGGGGGAAAAGCUGAGGUGCCUGGAUGACCACUCAGUGACUGCCUUCAAUUCCAAAAUUAUGGUACUUUAAAUGAGAGAAGGAACUCUGGACACUGCCUUAAGUUCUGAUCUGGCUGAUGACAGCUGGGUUCUUCUCUGGGUUUUCUGGAGGAGGUGGGCUUUGAUACCAGAGCCUGCCAUUCUCCCAGACUGUGCAGCAUUUGAGUAAAAACCUCUUUUCUUUCUCACAAGAUUCUAUCUCUAGAAUUGGCCUAUUGGAGGCAAUAGGCAGCUGAACUCAACUUUGGUUCUGUUAACUGUUUCACAUUUCAUCAAAGAUGUACAGCAGAGGCUAUUCUUCUAUUUGCUCCAAGUUUUGCUACCUGGCUCAGCACUAGGUGUGCUCUACAGACUGAAGUCAGAGUGACUAAUGUGAUUCAAGACACUAAGGCAGUGAGACAAGUUUCAUCAAGGAAGGAGGUUGCAGCUCUGAUAUGGGUGAACAACUAAAUAUACCUGAAAUGAUCAAAGACUGGAACAAAGAGCAUGUGAAACAAUGGGUAACCAAAGACCUUAAGAUUGAGGAAAAAUAUGGACAGAUUCUUUUCCAUGAAGAAGUGACAGGAUUAGUCCUGCAGGAAUUAACUGAGAAGGAUCUUAGAGACAUGGGGCUACCACGAGGCCCAGCACUUCUGAUAAAGCGAGCAUAUGACAAAUUGAGUAACAAUCUCCCUGAAAAUGACAACCACACUUCUGGACAAGUAGAUCAUAGAAAACCCUGCAAAAAAGAACACCAUAAAAAGGUACAACACACAAAAAAAGAACAGGGAAAAUCAGUGUCAUCCAAUAGUGAUCAUAAUCUCAGCAAGACCAGAGAUACCAAAGAACAAGAAUCAGUUCUUAUGAAAGAAAAUGCAUUAAAUGAAGUAGCAACCACUGAAGACAGAAAAAAUAAUAAGCUAAAACCUGAACAGCUGACUUGCAUGCCACAUCCUUUUGAUCAGCCCCAGAGCAGCCAUCGGUACAUAGAACAUUACCUCCUACCACCUGAAACAGGACCAGGCAAUCUCAUAGACCCCAUUCAUGAGUACAAAGCCCUCACACACACAGACACGGCCACAGAAAAGGACAUUAGGAUGAAAUUUAGCAAUGAAGUCUUCCGAUUCGCAUCAGCUUGUAUGAAUUCACGCACCAAUGGCACCAUCCAUUUUGGGGUCAAGGACAAACCCCAUGGAGAAAUUGUUGGUGUGAAAGUCACCAGUAAAGCUGCCUUCAUUGACCACUUCAAUCAAAUGAUCACAAAAUAUUUUGAAGACAGUGAGAUCAAUGAAGCCAGGAAGUGCAUUCGGGAGCCAAGGUUUGUGGAAGUCCUCCUGCAGGACAGUACACCAUCUGACAGAUUUGUCAUUGAGGUAGAUGUUAUUCCAAAACACUCUGUAUGUAAAGAAAAGUAUUUCUACAUUAUGAUGCAAACCUAUGAAAAUGAAACAUGGAAACAAAGCGAAGAACUUUCAUUGUUUGUGAGAGAAGGGGCUAGCUCUAAGGAUAUCCGGGCCAAUGUCAAGCGACGGGAUGUGGAAUUCAAAGCAUUUUUUAAAAAGUUAAAGUCACUAGCAGUGUCUAGAAAAGAGGCUGAAGAAAAGUAUGAGGCGAAGGCAAAUAAGAAGGAGAGUGAAGGACAAAAGCUGGUUAAACUUCUCAUAGGAAACCGGGAGUCACUGGAUAAUUCAUACUACAUCUGGUAUAUUCUCGUAACAAAUAAAUGCCAUCCAAACCAAACAAAAAACUUAGAUUUCCUAAGGGAAAUUAAAUGGUUUGCUGUAUUGGACUUUGAUCCUGAAUCUGAGUGCAAGGGGGUGGCCAAAGCUUACCAAAAAAGCCGGGUGGCAAAUCUUCACUUUCCAAGUCAAUAUGAGGAAAAGACAGCUACCAUAAUGGAGAAAAAAUCUCAUCUGAAUCUUCAUGAUCAGACCAGCUGGAUCUUUUGCAAUGGCAGAUCAGACUUGAAAGAGGAGAGGUUUAAGCCUCUAGAACCACAUUUAUGGCAGAAAGAAAGAGCUUCUGAAGUCAGGCAACUGAUUUUAUUUCUCACAGAUGAAAAUGUCAUGACAAAAGGGAAAUUUCUGGUAGUGUUUCUAUUGCUCUCUCCAGUGCAAAGCCCAGGAGACCCACUCCUUGAAACCUUCUCUGCUUUCUACCAAGCUCUCAAAGGAAUGGAAAGUAUAUUGUGUAUCUGUGUAAACUCACAGAUUCAUCAACGAUGGAAAGAUCUACUACAAGCCAGGUUGACAAUUGCAGAUGAAUUAGCAGACCACAGUGUUUCCACUUUAAAUUUAGAAUUGAUAAACAGUACCAUCCUUAAGCUGAAACCAGUCACUCAGUCAUCAAGACGGUUCCUGCCAUCCCGUGGAUCUUCUUCCAUUAUCUUAGACAAAAAAGAAGAGGAUAUCUUGACCGCACUGGAAAUUCUCUGUGAAAAUGAGUGUAAAGACACAAAAAUCGAGAAAAACAAAUCUAAGUUCCAAGAAUUUAAGAAAAAAAAAGAAGAGCACUUUUAUCGAGGUGGCAAAGUGUCCUGGUGGAACUUCUAUUUUUCUUCUGAAAAUUAUUCCUCAGCUUUUGUCAAAAGAGAUAAUUAUGAGAACCUUAAAGAUCUGAUACAGCGUCAGGCAGAGUCUCCUAAACCAUUAUUUGUAAAAAUUAUCAGUCUUUACCAUCAUCCAGGCUGUGGGGGUACUACAUUGGCCAUGAAUGUCCUCUGGGACCUAAAGAAAAAGUUCAGGUGUGCCAUGUUAAAAAACAAAGGAACUGAUUUUGCAGAAACUGCAGAACAAGUGUUCAAGUUGAUUACCUACAAGGCUACCAGCCCUCAGGACUACAUUCCUGUACUUCUCCUGGUGGAUGACUUUGAAGAACAGGAAAACGUCUGCAUUCUACAGGAUAGGAUCCAUUCCAUUUUAGUAACAUAUGGUUUGAGAUAUGAAAAAACACUGGUAAUUAUAUUAAACUGCAUGAGAUCCCAGAAUCCUGAUCAAAGUGCAAAACUAGCAGACAGUAUUGCACUAAAACACCAGCUUUCUGCCAAGGAACAAAGAGCUUUUGAGGCCAAACUGGAGGAAAUUGAAAAGCAACAUAAGAACUGUGAAAACUUUUAUUCCUUCAUGAUCAUGAAAGAAAAUUUUGAUAAAUCAUAUGUAGAAAAUGUAGUCAAGAAUAUCCUAAAAGGACAGAAUAUCAACAGCAAGGAAGCACAACUCAUUUCUUUCCUGGCUCUACUCAACUCUUAUGUUACUGAUUUUACAAUUUCAGUGUCACAGUGUGAAACAUUUUUGGGAAUCACAUGCACUCAUACUCCCUGGAAACCUGAAAGCAUAGAGGACAAGAUGGGAACCUAUUCAACACUUCUAAUCAACACGGAAGUUGCCGAAUAUUGCGGAUAUGCAGGCGUGCGCAUCAUUCACCCUCUGGUUGCCAGUUGCUGUCUCAAAGAGCUGGAAAGCAGCUACCACUUGGAUAAGUGUCAAAUUGCAUUGAUGUUAUUGAGAGAGAAUUUAUUCUAUGAUUCUGGAAUAGGAAAAGAUAAAUUCCAACAUUAUGUGCAAACCCUUCUGCUUACAAGACAGCGCAAAGAGUAUGGAGAUGAAACAGACACUUUGUUUUCUCCAUUAAUUGAAGCUUUAGAGAAUGAUGAUGUUGAAAAGGUCUUGAAACAAGGAAGUGUUCGCUUCCCACAGAAUGCAUUCAUUUGUCAGGCCUUAGCAAGACAUUUCUACAUUAAAGAGAAAGACUUUGACACUGCUCUCUACUGGGCAAAUGAGGCCAAGAAUAAAGCCCCUAAAAAUUCCUAUAUCUCAGAUACACUUGGCCAGGUGUACAAAAGUAAAAUCAAAUGGUGGUUGGAUGAAAACAAAAACUGCAGGGAUAUCACUGUUAAUGAUCUAACACAUUUCCUGGAAGCUGCUGAAAAUGCAGCAAGAGCUUUCAAAAAAUCCCAGGAGCAAACUGAUAGGAAAGACUAUGAAACAGAGACCUGGUACCCACAGAAGUCCCAAAGAAAAUAUGACAUGUAUAAUACGGCCGGUUUCUUGGGUGAAGUAGAAGUUGGUCUUUACGCUAUUCAGAUUCUUCAGCUCACUCCCUGUUUCCACAAAGAAGAAGAAUCCUCUAAAAAAGCUAUGGCAGAAUUUUUAUCAGGAAAGGGGGAUAUUCCUACAGAUCCAAGAAAUGAAUAUUAUUUGGCUCUUAACAAUUUCACAUCUUACUUAAAGAACUUGCAGUCAGAUAUGAAAAAGUGCUUUGACUUUUUUACAGAUUAUUUAGUUCUUUUAAAAACAAGGAAUAUGCUAAAAGAAACAGUAGAAAUCUUAUUAAGCAAGAAAAUCAGUCGUUGUUUCAGUAAAUACGUGGAACUUUUCUGCCCUUUGGAUUUGCAUUCAUUACAAAGCAAAGAGAGUCAAUUACUCCAAGAGGAGAAUUGUAGGAAAAGCCUAGAAGCUUUGAGAGCAGAUAAGUUUUCUGGACUUCUAGAAUAUCUUAACCCUAAUCAUGAAUAUGCUGCAACCACUAUGGAAAACAUAGUGAACCAGUACACUUUCCUCUUUCAGCAAAAUCCACAUAAACGGCUAGCAAAAGAGAAACAAAAUUUCAUUUUGGCCAACAUUAUUCUCAACUGUUUAAAACCCAACUCCAAGUCCAUUCAGCCACUUAACAUACUUAAAAAACAGCUCCGAGAAGUGUUACAAUUUGUAGAACUAAGUCAUCUAUAUCCAGACCCUUAUUUCUUGGCCUGCCUGCUGUUCUGGCCAGAAAGUGAAGAACUAGAUGAAGAUGCCAAGCUAAUGGAAAAGUAUGUUUCAUCCUUAAACAGAUCCUUCAAUAGACAGUACAGGAGAAUGUGCAGGUCCAAGCAGGCAAGCACACUCUUCUACCUGGGGAAGCGGAAGGGGCUCAACAGUCUUGUUCACAAGGCAGAGAUAGAGCAGCACUUCAGUAAAGUACAAAAUAUAAAUUCCUUCUGGCAGAGUGGAGAUGUGUGGAAAAAAGAGGAAGUCAAAGACCUCCUGCGUCGUCUCACUGGUCUGGCUGAAGGCAAGAAAAUCUCUAUCGAAUAUGGAACAGAGAAAAAAAUAAAAAUACCAGUAACAUCUGUUUAUUCAGGUCCACUCAGAAGUGGUGGCAACAUAGAAAGAGUAUCCUUCUACCUGGGCUUUUCCAUUGAAGGCCCUCUAGCAUAUGACAUAGAAGUUAUAUAAGAUAUACUAGCUCAAAUGUUUUUAUUCAUAUUUCUCUGAUAUUUCCUCUAUUCCUGUGGCAUUGUGAUGACAUUAUUGGGUUACCUCUGUCACAUAUUUUGGCUUUAUCUCCCCAAAUAAAUUAUAAGCCUAGGGAAGGCAUGAAACGUGUCUACACAUCAGGGUUUGGCACACAGUGGAGUCAACUUUCAAUGUUUUAAAGAUGUGCUUUCAGAAUAACAUUUAAUUAAGAGGUUUCCAUUCAUAUCCACUGGUCACAUCAUUACUGGUUAUAGGCCAAUAACAUCUAUUUUAAUUCUA